CACGGUACGACUAGGACUGGAUUUACUACCGUUGCUGUUCCAAAUGGACGUUUGGACCCUUCUCUUCAUGGGAUGCUAAUCCUGCUUCGGAACCGCGUGACGUUUUGAAUGAGGAUGACCGCACUCGUAAGGAAGGGCCAACAGGUGCGCUGUGUCCUGCUCUUGCUGCCCUGCUUAGCGCUGCGAUUUUGUAGUGCUCAGACGCAAGGAGUGGUCGUGUGUAGCGGCACCCAAAAUGCUCUGAGCACGACGGGAAAUUCCGAGAUCCAGUACAACUUGAUGCGGGAGAGGUACACUGGCUGCGAGAUCGUCAUGGGCAACCUUGAGAUCACCAUGAUGGAGCACACCAGAGAUUUCUCCUUCCUGCAGUCAAUCAGGGAGGUGACAGGCUACAUCCUGUUCGCCAUCAAUGAGUUCAGCCGCCUGCCGCUGGACCACCUUCGUGUCAUCAGGGGCACCACCUUGUACGAGGACCAGUACGCCUUGGCUGUGAUGGUCAACUACCAGAAGGACGGCCAACACGGCCUGCAGGAACUGGGCCUGACACACCUCACAGAGAUACUGGCGGGAGGAGUCAAGAUCAUUCAGAAUAAAUAUCUGAGCUAUGCCCCAAAAGUCAUCUGGCUGGACAUCGUGAAGGAUGAGACGGCGCCUAUUGUAUUGGAGGACAAUGGACCUGAAAAGCCUUGCAGUGAUGCAUGUGAGAACGUUCCGUGCUGGGGUCCCGGAAACAACACGUGUCAGAUCUUGACCAAGACGGUGUGCGCCCCGCAGUGCAAUGGCCGCUGUUUUGGCAGGAGCCCUAGCGAGUGUUGUCACAAUGAGUGUGCCGGAGGCUGCAAUGGACCCUUCGAUACCGAUUGCUUUGCUUGCAGGAACUUCAACAACUCGGGUUCCUGCGUCCCUCAGUGUCCCCAGACUGUGAUCUACAUCAAGCACACGUUCAAAUUGGAGCCCAACCCCAACGCCAAGUACCAGUACGGCUCCAUCUGUGUGGCCCAGUGUCCCGCAAACUUUGUGGUGGAUGGCAGCUCAUGCGUCAGCAAUUGUCCCACACAUAAAAUGGAGGUGGAGAAAAAUGGGAUGAAAAGGUGUGAGCCCUGUGGAGGCCUCUGUCCUAAAGCUUGCCGGGGUACAGGAACUGAGAACCGACAGACGGUGGACGCUCUUAACAUCGACAGUUUCAUUAACUGCACAAAGAUCCAAGGCAGUCUUCACUUCCUGGUGACUGGGAUCCAUGGUGACGAUUACAACAACGUCCCAGCCCUUGAUCCGGAAAAACUGAAGAUUUUCAACACGGUGCGCGAGAUCACAGACAUCCUCAGUAUCCAGUCGUGGCCUGAAAACAUGACAGAUCUAUCCGUCUUCUCCAACCUGCAAACCAUUCAAGGCAGAAAACUGUAUAGAGGAGUGAGCUCUAAAAGGGGCUACUCUCUCCUGGUGAUGAAGAUCCCGUCCUUGACCUCUCUGGGUUUACGCUCGCUGCAAAGAAUUAAUGACGGAAGCAUCUACAUCACAGGAAACAAGAGGUUGUGCUACCACGACACGGUCAACUGGACACGCAUCUUGAGUGGCAGUUCACGGCCUCAGCGACGGCAGAAGUACAUUGACGUCAAGGAGAACCGGCCAAGGGAUGAGUGCGUUGAACAAGGCCACGUGUGCGACAACCUGUGCUCCUCUGAGGGCUGCUGGGGUCCAGGCCCGGAUCAGUGUCUCUCCUGCAAGAAGUACAGCAGGGAAGGCACUUGUGUGCCAGAGUGCAUGUUCUUGACAGGGAAGAGACGCGAAUUUGCUGAUCCAUCAGGGGAAUGUAUGCCCUGCCACCCCGAGUGUAAAGUACAGGAGGGAAAGGAGACCUGCACUGGCCCGGGAGCAGAUGAGUGUGUAGCGUGUGCCAACCGACAAGACGGCCCGCAUUGUGUCUCCCUGUGUCCGGAGGGUGUGAUGGGAGGCGAGGGGGUCAUCUUCAAGUACCCAAACAAGCAAGGCCGCUGUGAACCGUGUCACAUCAACUGUACUCAAGGGUGCUUUGGUCCUGGAAUUGGAGGUUGUAUUGGGUCUUCCAGAUACAUUUCUGGACAAGCAACCACGGGCAUCGUACUGGGAGUUAUAGCCCUUCUGUGUGCCAGCUUCUCUGUUUUUGUGCUGAGUGUUCUGUACCGGCGAGGCCUCGCCAUCCGCCGCAAACGAGCUAUGAGGAGAUACAUGGCCAAUGGAGGGGUGAGGAGUUUUGAGCCACUGGACCCCAGUGAGAAGGGGCCCAAAGUCCACGCUCGGAUCCUGAAGUCCACCGAACUGCGUCAGAUCAAGCGCCUGGGUAACGGCGUGUUUGGAUCAGUUCAUAAGGGCAUUUGGAUCCCUGAAGGAGACACAGUGAAGCUUCCAGUUGCCAUCAAAACAAUUCAUGAUCGCACUGGGCGACAGACAUUCUUCGAAGUGACAGAUCACAUGAUGGUAAUGGGAAGUUUGGACCACAUCAAUGUAGUCAGGAUCCUCGGUAUCUGUCCCGGCGCUGACUUGCAGCUCAUCAGCCAGCUCAACAACCAAGGCUCACUGCUGGAGCACGUCAGGAACAACAAAAACAAGCUCAGCCCACAGAGGCUCCUCAAUUGGUGUGUGCAGAUAGCGAAGGGGAUGUAUUACCUGGAGGAGAACAGGAUGGUCCAUAGGAACCUGGCUGCCAGAAAUGUGCUGUUGAAGAAUAACUACACCGCCCAGAUCUCUGACUAUGGCAUUGCCGAUCUACUAUACCCUGAUGACAAGAAGCACUUUUACAACGAAGUCAAGACACCAAUCAAGUGGAUGGCCUUAGAGAGCAUCCUGUUUCGCAGAUACACUCAUCAAAGUGAUGUCUGGAGUUACGGAGUGACAAUAUGGGAGAUGAUGUCACACGGCAUAGAGCCAUACUCAAAUAUGCGGGCGCAAGAGGUUCCCGAUCUGCUGGAAAAGGGGGAGCGACUGUCCCAGCCGCCCAUUUGCACUAUUGAUGUCUACAUGGUCAUGGUCAAGUGCUGGAUGAUUGAUGAAAAUGUCCGUCCCACCUUCAAAGAGCUUGCCAAUGAAUUUACCAGAAUGGCAAGAGAUCCUCCUCGCUAUCUGGUGAUCAAGGAGGACUGCAGCCAGCCUGACGGGCCCCUUGACGAGUUUGCGCAACGUAGCGCAGACCUGGAUGACCUGGAGGAUCUUGACUUUGAGCUGGAGGACCAGCUGGAGGAAGCAUCAAUGGAUCCCCUCCGGCCGCCACCUCAUUACCUAUCUCCCGUUAAAUCUAGAAGCGUCAAUGGCCUCUCCAGGCUGGAUUCCCACAGAGUGGUUCUGAGUACACCAGGUGGUGCUGGUUAUUUGCCAAUGACAGCAGGUGUGGAAAACCAAGGACAGGCACCGUGGCAGUCACGUUCUCGACUCAACUCUGCUCGCACCGUGUCAGAGAGCUCGGAGGGCUGCGGCACAGCCAUCGAACUGGAGAUGAUCGAGGACUUGUCUCUGGCUGGGAGCCCAAAGCGUGGGCGUCAUCGGCAGGACAGCGCCUACAUGUCCCAAAGAGACAGCUUGUCCGGUGGGCCGCCGGAGACGCCAUCCCCAGAGAUGGAUGAAGAGGACCAAAACGGCUACGUGCUGCCUGGACACAGCCCCGAGAGAGAAACCCUGCUGUGUCCGCCCCGAGUCAUUCCCGACAGGUUGGGCAAGUCGCACUCCUCUGGGCUGUUGUACAACUCGAACGACGACAAGUACGAGUACAUGAGCAAGCAGACGAACCUCUCGCCCCGAAUCCCCGCCCGCCUCAAAGAAAACGGCCACCGGCUCAAGGCCAACAAAAAGCGAACGUCCUCCCUAUCGUCGCAAGUGACGGCGAGCUUGGGCGAUGUCACGUCAUCCAUCAGGAAUAAUCAAAGCUCAGAACAGCUUGGUUCUGAAGAGGUGAAAUAUGAAUACAUGGAUAUCAGGCGUAGUGAGAAGAGCGAAGCCCCUCCGGCGCACGCCCCUCCUCCUCCUCCCAUAGUUGGCGGAACGCCGGAAGAGGAGGAGGAGGAGGAAGAAGAGUACGUGGUAGACAGUAAUUAUCAUUACACGAACAGACAGCCAAACGUCAGAAAAGCUCUUCGGGAAAACAGGCAGCCACAGAUCCAGAAUGGGGACGAGGGUGAUGCUUAUGAGUACGAGGAAAUGGACUGCUUCCCCGCCAUCAAGCCUGCACCGACAGCAGAGUACCAAAACGUGCAAAUGGGAGGCGAGGGUGAGGGAAGUGGCCCCGCGGCUCGUCAGUUUGGCUUUGAGCCUUAUGUAAAAGUACGAGCUGGAGUUGAGAUUGGAGACCCGGCGAGCGGCGACAGAUCCUUUGACAAUCCCGACUAUUGGCACAGCAGGAUGUUCCUCAAGCCUAAAGCGGUACCCACAUGAAGGAGGCUCCUCGGCGUCUUGCUUAUUGCCAUUCAUGAAGGACUUGACAGGACAUUACACCCAUCCAUCCGACUAUUUUCUGAUCAAAAGCUAAAAUGUAGCCUACUUGAACUGACAGAAAGCUCAAGAACCAUACACUCGUGUUCAGGAUUACCAGUGCGCCAUUUCUAGAUGCACUGAAGAGAAAAAGAACGCAAAACAAGCUAUAUCCAGUAUUUUAGUUUACA